AGAUGCCAGAGAAAGAGCGCACACAUCAUGAUGUCGUAUUUGGGAUCCUCAGUAAAGUCAAGCCUUCCUAUCAGUCUUGCACAGACUGCAUGUAUUCCUCGGCCAGUUUGUCUCCUGAGUCCUUUGGGGAGCAGUGUGAAAAGCUGAAUCCAGGCACUGCACGUCGCAGCUCUACCAUCUGCACACAACCAGCUCUCCUCUCCCACAUCACUUCCAACUUGGCAGACCACCUGCCCAGCAAGUCACAGUCAGAGGAAGUAAUCAGAACUAAAAAUAAUGAGACUCCGCUUCCUCUGUCAGCAGUAACUGGUACUUUGGAAGCUGUUACUUGCAAAUCAAUGGCUGAACAACACUACAGUAUUUCAGAGAAAGGAAAAGAUGCACCAAAAACCCUUGUGAAAACUCUGCUGGCCAAGAGCAACUCGCACUGUGACAAGAGCCCCCUUACUGCAGAAGCAGUAAAGGAAGAGUCUCUAGCCAGAAAGGACAGCAAGCCCACAAAGGAUCUGAAGUAUUUGUUGUUCAGUAAAGACUUGGAAAAGCCAAGUGCAAACAGUUACUUGAUGCAACAUCAGGAGUCUCUUAUUCAGCUGCAAAAAGCAGGCUUGGUUAGAAAACAUACCAAAGAACUAGAGCGUUUGAAAAGCAUACCGUCAGAAGCCUCUCUGCUGUUCAGAGAGAGCCCCAUGAGCAGAGUUGACUCUGGCAUUGUGGAGGAAAGCCAGGGUUUGGUUUCACAUCAUGCCCUAGUACCUCUUCUGGGGCCGGUACCGCUGAUACCUGAAGACGCAGAAAACAAUGUGGAGAAGUUAGAGGUCAAACGCACUGUGGAGGGAAUCUCUCAGAAAACCUCCACGCCUGUCACGUAUAGGUUGGAGCACACGAGCAGUUUCACAAAGGACUUUCUAAAGACCAUCUGCUACACCCCAUCGUCCUCCCGGAGCUCCAACCUGACGCGGAGCUCCAGCAGCGACAGUAUCCACAGCGUGCGGGGGAAGCCCGGCCUGGUGAAGCAGCGAACUCAGGAAAUCGAGACCAGGCUGCGGCUGGCUGGUUUGACUGUGUCCUCUCCUCUGAAGAGGUCCAAUUCUCUCGCCAAGCUAGGAUGUCUUAACUUGUCCUCUGAGGACUUAUCAAGUGACAUGGAUGUGUCAACCAUAACGGACUCAAAAGAAGCUGUUUCAAGCGAGUCUUCCGUGCUCUGUGAGCCACAAACCACUCUGAGGAGUGCAGAUGUCAGCUCCACACUGGUAGCAAAGUCAACUGUGGGAAACUUGAAGAAUACACUUUGGAUGGGCAAAAGACUUGCUGGCAAAACGAGUCGCCUGAGCCUGAACCCUCCGCAGACGGUUCCUGGCAGUGGCAGCGGGGAGGGUGGCCUGGUGCGGCGUUCCCUCGCCUCCGUGGCGGAGGAGUGCCGCUGA